UUAUCUAUCCAGUCUUAUCUUUAGGUUUUUCAUUCUCAUUCAUUCAGCAUCAUCAUCCGAAUGGCUCUUUCUCUAGCCAUUAACGUUCCUCCUGUUCGCGAUAACCUGCUUCGACCCCAACUAUUUCAAUCCCAAUUCCGCCCAAACCUAGUCAAAUUCCCGGCACCCUCCUCCGCCCGAAUUCGAUGUUCCUCCUCCUCUUCAUCUUUCAAUGACAUUUCCCUCAAAACGGUUACCCCCAACCGCAACAACUCUUUCGCCUGUCGCGCUACCCCGUUUAAAGGUCGCCGUACCCAGGUUAAAGUUCAAGAGAGCGACAAACCAUACGCAGAAACCUAUGCUGUAGGGAGACACAUUCGCAUGUCUGCCGACAAAGCUCGAAGAGUAAUUGAUCAGAUUCGCGGUCGUCCAUACCUGGAAGCAGUUUUGAUAUUGGAUUAUAUACCUUAUCGCGCCCGUGAAGCCAUUCUUAAGAUUGUGCGUUCUGUUGGAGCAAAUGCAGUCCAUAACUUGGGUCUAAGCAUGCCAAGUUUAGUUAUUAGUGGAGCAGAGGUUAAUGAAGGCAAAACUUUGAAGAGAGUUAGAGCUCGAGCUCAGGGGCGGGCUAACCAAAUUCUAAAGCGCACUUGUCAUAUUACCGUCAAGGUGAGAGGUUUACCUGACGAGGCUGUCGUGGAAGCUAAGACCUCUUGAUCCUGUUUGAAGACAACAAAAAUAUGUAUCCCUGUUAUGAAUCUCCUCCAACCUUUACAUUUGAUGGAAAUUUAUGCAUUUUGGUAUGAUGUAGUUUGUUUAGUGACUUCUACAUGAGUGUUGAGAAUCUUAUAAAUGUACUGAUGUUCAACUUAAUACUAGAAUGAUAUGUUUUAGCAUUGAUAUUUUAUAUGAA